CCACACGAACGCAGACAUCGCUACACGCGAAUCCAAUCACACUCCAUCCGCAACAGAACAUUCCAGAAGCACCAACCACACACUCCAAUCUCCACCGGCCUAGAACUCUCUCGUCUGUCACGCCCUCCUUUUAAGCCCUACCUUCUCUCUCCAGCAUUUCUCUGCAAAACUCUAGAAAGAGAAAGAGAGAGAUACAAAACAACACAGAGAGAGACAGAGCAAUCGCAGACGAUAAUGGCCGACGAAGCCAAGGCCAAAGGCAACGCCGCCUUCUCCGCUGGAAACUACGCCGACGCGAUCCGCCACUUCACGGUGGCGAUCAAUCUCGCUCCGGACAACCACGUCCUAUACUCCAACCGAUCUGCCGCCUACGCCUCCCUCCACCAGUACUCCGACGCCUUGUCCGACGCCGAAAAGACCGUCCAUCUCAAGCCUGACUGGUCCAAAGGCUACUCUCGACUCGGCGCGGCUCACCUUGGUCUCCACCACUACGACGACGCCGUUUCAUCCUACAGAAAAGGCCUCGAAAUCGACCCUAACAACGAGGCUCUCAAGUCCGGCCUCGCUGACGCUCAGUCCGCCGCCGCAAGAUCGCGCGCUCCUCCGCCGCCGUCUUCCUCCUCCUCUGCCGCCGCGUCUCCGUUUGGGGAUGCGUUUACUGGGCCUGAGAUGUGGGCGAAGCUCACCGCCGAUCCGAGCACGAGAGUGUAUCUGCAACAGCCUGAUUUCGUGAAAAUGAUGCAGGACAUUCAGAGAAACCCUAGCAAUUUGAAUAUGUAUUUGAAGGAUCAGAGAGUUAUGCAAGCUUUUGGUGUUUUGUUGAAUGUGAAGAUUAUGACUCCGAAUUCGGCUGAAGAUAUGGACUUUCCUGAUGCGCCGCCGCCGCCGGAGAGGAAGAGACCUGCUGAGGCGGAGCCGCCGAAGGAGAAGGAGCCGGAACCGGAGCCUGAGCCUAUGGAGGUAGCAGAGGAGGAGAGGGAAGCUAGAGAGAAAAAGGCUCAGGCGCUGAAGGAGAAGGAAGCUGGGAAUGCUGCUUACAAGAAGAAGGAUUUCGAGAAUGCAAUUCAGCAUUACACGAAGGCGAUUGAAUUGUAUGAUGAAGAUAUUUCUUUUCUCACGAACCGAGCAGCCGUGUAUUUGGAGAUGGGAAAGUAUGAUGAAUGCAUUAAAGAUUGUGAUAAAGCUGUUGAGAGGGGAAGAGAGCUUAGGUCAGACUAUAAGAUGGUUGCAAGGGCCUUGACAAGAAAAGCAAGUGCAUUAGUGAAGAUGGCAAAAUGUUCAAAGGACUAUGAUCCUGCUAUCGAGACAUUCCAGAAAGCUCUAACCGAGCAUCGCAACCCGGACACAUUGAAAAAGCUCAAUGAUGCUGAAAAAGCGAAGAAAGAACUAGAGCAACAAGAGUAUUUUGAUCCAAAUAUAGCUGAUGAGGAGCGAGAGAAAGGCAAUGAGUUUUUCAAAGAACAAAAGUAUCCAGAGGCUGUGAAACAUUAUUCGGAAGCUAUAAAGAGGAAUCCCAAAGAUGCAAAGGCAUUUAGUAACAGGGCUGCAUGCUACACGAAACUUGGGGCAAUGCCUGAGGGAUUGAAAGAUGCAGAGAAGUGCAUUGAGCUUGAUCCAACUUUUGUUAAGGGUUAUAGUAGAAAAGGUGCAAUUCAGUUUUUCAUGAAAGAGUACGAUAAAGCUUUGGAAACAUACCAAGAAGGAUUGAAGCACGAGCCUCAGAACCAGGAAUUGUUAGAUGGUAUAAGGAGAUGUGUACAACAGAUUAACAAGGCCAGCCGUGGGGAUUUAAGCCCUGAGGAAAUGAAGGAGAGACAGGCUAAGGCGAUGCAGGAUCCAGAAAUUCAGAACAUCCUAACUGAUCCUGUUAUGAGACAGGUGUUGGUGGACUUCCAGGAAAAUCCCAAGGCGGCUCAGGAGCAUUCGAAGAACCCUGCUGUCAUGGACAAGAUUCAGAAGCUGGUUAGUGCAGGGAUUGUCCAGAUCAGAUGAAAAUGUGGAAAGGGGCAUUGGCAUCUGUUUAAUUGUUCUCUCCUACUGUGUAUUUCUGUGGAUCAAUCGAUAAAAUCUAUUCACUUUGAUAAUUUUCUAGUGUUGGAGCAUUUGUCUUUUUUUUAUUUAAUCUUGUGUCCCUGUUUUGAUUCAUGAUGGAUUUGAGAGCCCAGCCCUCUUACUUUCAGAUUUAUCACUAGGCUUUUUGUGUGCUUGGGAUCAGCUGACCUAGUUGUUUUUAUGAGAAAAUAGAUACACUAUCUACUUUUGCUUUUGGUGACUGGUAUAUGCAUUGUUUCUGUUUGCAA